UCUACGGCCAGGAAAGACUGAUGUUUCCUGCUUCUCUCGCUUGUCAGACGCUUAUGAGCGGCGAGAGGGUUUCAGUUUGAGGGUCUGGGGGUUUUGUCCCAACCCAAACGGGAAUAAUGUUCGCUGUGCUGACAUUUUAAAGGCUGUAGAGCGAAACAUCCCCGCUGGAACCGCGAAAGUCGAUGGAUUCCGUAUCAAAAUACUGUAAGUGACCCAGGAUGGAGAUUGGCCAGUUGUAUACUUGAAGCCUUAUCCUGGAGGACACAUUACUUUAUGACAUUGCACAUUUGACUGCCGACAGGCCCCAAGAUGGAGGAGCAAUCCAGUCUCCCCAACGUCAGCAUACCCUGCCACAAUGAGCAGAGGGACAAGAAAAAGCGCUACACAGUUUACAAAGUGAUGGUCACUGUUGGACAACAUGAAUGGUUUGUCUUCAGACGAUAUGCAGAGUUUGAUAAACUCUACAACACAUUAAGGAAACAGUUUCCAUCUAUGAACUUGAAAAUUCCUGCAAAGAGGAUAUUUGGCGACAACUUUGAACCAGAGUUCAUCAAGCAAAGAAGAGCAGGGUUACAUGAGUUUAUUAAGCGAAUUGUCUCACAUCCUCAGCUUUGCAACCAUCCAGAUGUGAGGACCUUUCUGCUAAUGGACAAAAUGCAACACUUUUCAGAUGCUUCUGAGGAUGAAGAUGACAAAAACAGCUCUACCUCCAGUAACAUUAACCUGGGACCCUCUGGAAAUCCACAUGCCAAACCCACAGACUUUGACUUUUUGAAAGUCAUAGGAAAAGGGAGUUUUGGGAAGGUGUUCCUUGCAAAACGAAAUCAUGAUGGAAAGUAUUAUGCUGUCAAGGUCUUACAAAAAAAGGUCAUUCUGAACAGAAAAGAGCAAAAACACAUCAUGGCAGAACGCAAUGUGCUGCUGAAGAAUGUGAAACACCCUUUCCUGGUUGGGCUCCAUUAUUCCUUCCAAACCACAGACAAGUUGUACUUCGUCUUGGACUUCAUCAAUGGAGGAGAACUUUUCUUUCAUCUACAAAGAGAACGGACCUUUCCAGAGCCCAGAGCAAAGUUCUACAUUGCCGAGAUGGCAAGUGCACUGGGAUAUCUGCAUUCUCUCAACAUUGUUUACAGAGACUUGAAGCCAGAAAAUAUCCUUCUUGACCAUGAAGGGCAUAUCAUUCUGACGGAUUUUGGGUUGUGCAAGGAAGGCAUUUCCCAGACAGAUACCACCACUACAUUUUGUGGUACACCUGAGUACUUGGCUCCAGAAGUCCUGAGGAAACAGCCAUAUGAUAAUACAGUAGACUGGUGGUGUUUGGGUUCAGUCCUGUAUGAAAUGCUCUUUGGCUUGCCGCCAUUCUACAGCAGGGACACACACGAAAUGUAUGACAACAUCCUCCACAAGCCGCUUGCGAAGCGUCCCGGUGCGUCCAGCACGGCCUGGUCCAUCCUCCAGGGCCUGCUGGAGAAAGACGGCACAAACAGACUGGGGUCCAGGGAUGACUUUAAUGAAAUAAGAGCGCACAGCUUUUUCUCUUCCAUCAACUGGGAUGACCUGGAACAGAAGAAGAUCCCUCCCCCUUUCAUACCCAAUGUGAGCUCUUACUGUGACAUCUCAAACUUCGAUCCCGAGUUCACUGAAGAGAUGGUUCCCAACUCCAUCUGCUGGACUCAAGAACAUUCCAUAGUCAACGCUAGUGUCAUGGAGGCCGAUGACGCCUUUGUGGGCUUUUCUUACGCCCCGCCUUCUGAUGACUCCUUCCUAUGAAACAUUCCUAAUGAGGUCCUCAAAUGCCUUAACCAUUGUAACUUUUUGAGACUAAAGGGAAGAAUUUAUACCAUGGAUUAACUUGUUCUAUGAAGCCAAAGCAAGCAGCUGAGAAGAAACUGCACUUAAAAAAGCAUUUUGGUUGGAACAAGGUGGGCCAGAAAGUCUUUUUAUUUUACCGAUUUGUAUUUAUAUAAAUAUAUGUAUACAUAACAGAUGAUAUUUUUAAAAAUUGAGGCUAUUCUCUAUUAAGUAGAUUUCUGGUGGUUUCGAAAGUGAGCCUUUACAAAGCCUUAAAUUUAUCCCUUCAAUAAAAUCAUUAAGCAGUUUUCUGAAAAACUUGAACAAUUCACUGGACUUAAAAUGAAACCAUCUGACUGUCAGAUGGAACUGUGUUUGUCCAUGUAAUUACUGUAAAAAUAAACUCAUGUAUCAUUCAUAUUAACAAAGCUGGAAGUAGGGAUUACUUGAGAGAGACCACUGAAUAUAGCAUUAUGGUGUAUAGGUCACAUUUGUAAAAAGAAAAAAACGACUUUCCUCUGCUGCUUCUUUCAGUAUGCCUUUGUGAGCACUGAUUGAUUUUUUUUUUUUAUUGGAUUGUUUUUGUUUAUUUUUUGCUAUUCUUCGCCUUAACACGUUUAUUCAUAUUCAGAAAUUAGAAAUCCACGAUGCUUUUCUUCGCCUGGCAGUUAAAGUAGGCGGAUCUGUACUCCUGCACAAUAAUAAUAAAAAAUAAUAGAAAAACGG